CGAGCAACUACAAGCUGCCUGCAUUCCUGCUUUGGCUGCUGAAGGGAUUGUCACCUUCCCCUGUCUCCACAGCCUCAGAAAAAGAAAAGAGACCUCAAACUUUCCGGAUCACUUUUUCUCCUAGGAAACUACUGAGCACAGGAAUAGAGAUGGCUGUUGAACUAGUAGAAGACAAUUGCAUCAACUUUGUGGAAAUGAAAUUUAUUGACAACACACUUUACUUUGUAGCCGAAGAUGAUGAAAACCUGGAAUCAGAUUACUUUGGCAAACUCGAUUCUAGAUUGUCAAUCAUACGAAAUAUAAACAACCAAGUUCUCUUCAUUGCGCCAGAAGACCACCCUGUGUUUGAAGAUAUGACUGAUGCUGACUGCGAAGGUAAUGCACCCCGAACUGAAAUUAUCAUAUUUAUGUAUAAAGACAGCCUCCUUCGUGGCAUGGCAGUAACAAUCUCUGUGAAGUGUAAUAAAAUGUUUACUCUCUCCUGUAAGAACAAAAGUGUUUCCUUUAAGGAAAUGAUUCCUCCCAAUAGUAUCAAUGAUGAAGGAAAUGACAUCAUAUUCUUUAUGAGAAAAGUUCCAGGACAUCACAAUAAGAUGCAAUUUGAAUCUUCAUUAUACAAAGAGCACUUUCUAGCUUGUAAAAAGGAGAAUGAGCUUUUCAAACUCAUUUUGAAAGAAAAGGACAAAUAUGGGGAUGAAUCUGUAAUGUUCACUGUUCAAAGCAAGAACUAGGUAUUAAAAUUGCUUAGCUUGAA